AUGCACUCGAGAGAAACGCCGUCGACCCGCGCGCCCACAUUUGAGGAUAUUGCCGUUGAGAACCGGAAACGGUUGGCACUGAUGGGCGUUAUGCCAAAUAACAGGGCGAUUGUGCACUCGCUGAUGCAGAUGAUGUCAUGUACGGGCGAGUUGUGCAAUCUUGCGUACCACAAUGAGACCUCGCUCUCACCCUUUGAACAUAGCGAAGUCCGUGCGGUGAUCGGCAAGAUGGCUGUUUGUUUGGCAACUAUUGGUGAUGUGUUCGACGUCAAUGUGGGGCAAGAGGCCAUGGAGACAAUUGCUGAGCAGCUGAAAAAGACAAAGGACGCCACACCAGUACGAGGUAGAAGUGAACAAAAAGUGUCCGCACCGAUAUUGAUUGCGAAGAGUAACGCAGCCAGUGCUGGUGGCAGUGAAAAUAAUGAAGAGCCCAAUGUUUUGCUUUCGCCAACAUCCAACAGAGACUUCUUUGGCUACCUUGACGAACUAGUGAAGUACAGUCCAAGCGACUUUGAGAAAGCGGAUCUGAAAUGGGUGGCACCGUUGCCUGAUGGAACGAUUCAAGACCUUAUUGAGAACGGAUCGACGAUUAAUGUGAAGUAUAAGGACCUGCCCAAGUAUCUGGAUUGCGUCAGGCGGUACCGCAAUGCUCGCACAAACGAUCCCUUAAAGGGCAAACGUGGUGCCAAUCCUUCGAGUUCCGUAUCCGCACCCCGUCCCAAAAGCGCCACAUUUCCGGUUACAAAGGGCGGCAACCCGGUGCGCGACAAGGAGGAGUCGCCCUUCUCCCCGACUAACUUGGAGGGGGGUCUGCUGAGUCCAAAUGUUAAUGCAUUCGCGGUGGCGAUGGAUGCAUCAAUGCCAAAGGUGAACACAGGUAACACAUCCUCCAGCGAGGUGGGUACGUCAGAGGCCGAGUUCUACACCAGGGUAGAAGCGGUGAAGCAGGGACAUGUGAUGGGGGCACAAGUUGCACAACUAAACCUGACAUUUAGUGUGCCACGCAACGGUAAGCUUGUAGAGCUGAUCCCUAACGGUAUUCAUGUGAAGGUUACAUCAGCAAACGUCGCAGAAUUCCUUCGUCUUCUGGAGGACAAGUCUGCGAUGAUGAACGGCAGGGUUCGUCGUCUCGAGAGCAUAAAGAAGCUUGAGGUUACUGGCGCGGGCCCCCAAGAUCUCUCGAGGGAUAAGGACAAAUUCUCACCCACACAUUUCUCCAAGGAUAUAUUUGCACCCUAUGAAGAACGUACCAGUUUUUUAGUUGACUGCGAUGCAUCUGACGAAAUUUUGCCAGUUUUUAUAAAGGAACGAGAGCAACAGCAGCGACGCACAGAAAGCAAGUAUGUGAGUGUUGUUUGCCAGGGCGACACUAAGAGUUGGAAGGCUAUCAUUGAUGAGUUACAGCGUGAUCCUUCUGCUCUCAAAAAGUAUGGCGUUACAUUCUGUGUGCCUUCAGCCGUUGUGUUAGACGCAACAGAGGAGGAGCAGGCAACAAAGGUGCAUGAGCUGACGAAAGGCGGCAUUACAACGCCCGUGGAGGAGUCUCAACUAUGGCUUUUUUAUAGGAUGAUCGAGCAGUACUACUGCCCCUCUGUUUAA